AUGGCCGGUCGUCUGCCUGCCGUUGUCAUAGAUAAUGGCACCGGUUACACUAAGAUGGGAUAUGCUGGCAAUACAGAGCCACAGUUUAUUAUUCCAUCUUGUAUUGCCAUCAAAGAAAGUGCUAAAGUUGGUGAUCAAGCUAUUCGGAGACUGGGAAAAGGUGUGGAAGAUUUAGAUUUCUAUAUUGGAGAUGAGGCACUGGAUGCCUCUUCUUAUUCUGUCAAGUGGCCAAUACGACAUGGUAUUGUAGAUGAUUGGGAUUUGAUGGAAAGGUUCUGGGAACAAACUAUAUUCAAGUACCUUCGUGCAGAACCUGAAGAUCAUUAUUUCUUGUUGACUGAACCGCCAUUGAACACACCAGAAAAUAGAGAAUACACAGCUGAGAUCAUGUUUGAGUCUUUCAAUGUUCCAGGACUUUAUAUAGCAGUACAGGCUGUUCUUGCCUUGGCUGCUUCUUGGACAUCUCGCCAAGUUGGCGAUCGUACACUUACUGGUGCUGUUAUUGACUCUGGUGAUGGUGUUACCCAUGUCAUCCCUGUGGCUGAGGGUUAUGUGAUUGGUAGUUGUAUCAAACACAUCCCUAUUGCAGGGCGAGAUAUCACUUACUUCAUUCAGCAGCUGCUGAGAGAGCGUGAGGCUGGCAUCCCACCUGAACAAUCUUUAGAAACAGCCAAAGCUAUUAAGGAACGCUUCUCAUAUGUAUGCCCAGACAUUGCAAAGGAGUUUAGUAAGUAUGAUCAGGAUCCUGGCAAAUGGCUGAAGAGAUAUGAUGGAAUCAACAGUAUCACCAAGAAUGCCUUUAGUGUUGAUGUCGGAUAUGAACGCUUUUUGGGGCCAGAGAUCUUCUUCCAUCCUGAGUUUUCUAACCCUGACUUCACAAUACCCAUCUCUGAAAUAGUAGAUAAUGUUAUUCAAAAUUGCCCUAUUGAUGUCAGACGUGGUCUCUAUAGAAAUAUUGUACUUUCUGGAGGCUCAACCAUGUUUCGUGAUUUUGGACGUCGUCUUCAAAGAGAUGUUAAAAGAAUUGUAGAUGCUCGUUUGAAAGCCAGUGAAGAAUUAAGUGGGGGACGAUUGAAGCCAAAGCCUAUUGAAUGUCAAGUAAUCACUCAUCACAUGCAACGUUAUGCAGUCUGGUUUGGAGGAAGCAUGUUGGCAUCAACAGUAAGUAUAUAG